AUGCUCCCUUAUACAACCGCUGCACCCCUUAUCAAACGCGACGAGGGAUACCUUCUUCCAAAGCCCGUCAUCAUCCUGCUUAUUAUCAUCGGAGCUGGACUGCUUGUAUGCGUGGGGUUUGCAGUACACAGUUCCUUUGGGUUCCGGUCGAAUGGAAACGGCAUGAGGAACAUGGGGGCAGAGCAAAUGGAAUACAUGACGGAGGUGCGUGGACGGAACUUGGCGAGCAUGAUGGCUCAAGGACAGCGGAGUCGCAUGGAGGGGACCGGGCCUGGAGGGAUGAGAAGGGGGGAGAGUGUGUACGAUUAG